CUAAUGACUCCAAAAGUCUUUGGUGGGAUUUCCCAUCUUUAGAACUGAUAAUCUUUUAAAUAUUUGUAGAUACAUAAAUCCAUUCAUUAAAUUCAUAAUCGAUUACAGAAGAAUUAAACUCCAUCAGCAACAAUGACUACCCCUAAGGAGUAUUAUAAUUCUCUGCCCCCUGUGGCCAAGACAUAUGCAACCAUAUGUUUUGCAACAACCGGAGCCUAUCAGCUUGGGCUUUACUACCCUGAUACCAUAGCUCUCGUUUACAAAGACGUUUUCAAGCAAUUUCAGAUUUGGAGGCUUAUAACAAACUUCUUUUUCCUCGGACCUUUCUCUUUACCAUUUGCGUUUCACCUACUGAUGAUAUUACGUUAUGGGGUUUCUUUAGAGAGGGGUCCUUUCGACAAGAGGACAGCAGAUUAUGUAUGGAUGUUCUUCUUUGGAUCAUUCUCGCUACUGGCUAUGGCUGCUGUUCCAUUUCUUUGGUCUCCCUUCAUGGGAGCCUCGUUGGUGUUCAUGAUUGUUUAUGUCUGGAGCCGUGAGCUCCCUAACACACGUAUUAACAUUCAAGGUCUCGUAGAGUUGAAGGGGUUCUAUUUACCUUGGGCUAUGCUUGCAUUAGAUUUAGUGUUUGGGAAUCCAUUGAUGCCGGAUUUACUGGGAAUUGGUGUUGGCCAUUUAUAUUACUUCUUGACGGUUCUUCACCCUCUUGCUGGUGGCAGAGAUUUCUGCAAGACUCCUCUUUGGGUCCACAAGCUCGUUGCGUAUUGGGGUAAGGGAUACCAAAUGAAUAGUCCGGUUCAGAGGGACCCGGCCACCGGAGUUGCUUUCCGAGGGAGAAGUUAUCGCGUUGGUGGGACCACAACGAGGGACAGUCGUGAGGGGGAAACAAACACAGUGACUACACAAAAUGGAGCAACUUUUCGUGGCAGGGGUCGUCGCCUCAACGAAAGCUAAAUCGUUACACUUCCAUAUUUUAGAUAAUAACACUUAUAAUAUUUUCAUGAUGAUGAAUAGACAAAGUACCAAUCUUGUUUAAGCAAAUUAUAUUAUGCAUUAUUUCUUGUAAAAAGUACAAUGUUGUUGUACCACAGCCAACCUUGGGUGUGAACAUAUCAAUAAUAAUAUUUGUUCAAGAA